UUUACAUCAAAACUUAUUCAACAAUUAAAACCAAUAUGUUAAAAGGUUUACUAUUUAGGCCAGCUAAACGGACUGUCGGCAUUUAUUAUUUUAGUUCACGAUCUACACAAAUUGAAGUCAAAGAUAAAAAUCCAUACAAAACUCAGGUGAAACCAAUUGAUUUGUCAUUUGAAACGAAAAAGUUAUAUGAGACCUUUUCCGAUGUCCACGAUGACAUUCUAAACCAACAGCUUGUUUAUUACAAGCAAUAUCCGGAUUUGAGGCAAACAUAUUCCAAACUUUUACAUUAUACUAUGCAUUUGGAACCGCGAUAUAUUGGAAGGGGUAUAUUUUCAAUUUAUGCCUAUAAGUUGUUAGAAAAACCGGAGCUUUUUACAGAGGAAAACUUGAAGAAGGCAUGUGUAAUUGCAUGGUGCCAUAAGCUGAUGGAUGCAACUAUAAUAGUUGAAGAUGAUAUAGUUGACGUUACAGAACUAAGAUACAAUAAACCAGCGUGGUACAAAGUAGAAGAUGUUGGAGAGCACAAAGCUAUCUUGGAUGCCGCGUUUUUAUCAUCCUCAAUGUGGUUUCUUUUAUUAAAACAUUUAUCCACUCACAAGUACUUUCCAAAUAUCAUGAAACAAAUUUUGACCAUUUUCUCCGUCUGUAACGUCUCUGAACGGAUCGAUAUAACCCAGCACAGAAUUGAAGACCUCGAAAAACAUACAUAUUCUGCUAAAGGAGUUGCAUUAGCUAUGCCAGUUCUUCGAAAAGCUUUAUAUUUAGCUAAUAUUGAUGUAGAUGCACACAAAGCUACUGAAGAAUUCUCUAUAGACUUAGCAUAUUUUCUCAAAUUUGAGGAUGAUUUCAAUGGAGUCUUUAAUCCAAUGUCUGACGAACAAAAAACUUGUACUGAUAUUGCCGAAGGUAGACCUUCUUGGGUGCCAGUACAAGCAUACAAAAUGGGAAAUUUAGCUCAAAAGAAAAUACUGGAAGAACAUUUUGGUAAAAAUAAUGAAGAGUCUAUCCGCAAAUGUUACGAACUUUUCAAAGAGCUUCGCCUGGAACAAGUAUUUGCAGACUACAAGGAAAACUUUUAUAAUAAAAUGUAUGCAAAGAUACACCAGAAUCUUCCCAAAAUUUUGCCAGUGAAGCUCUUUUUAGACUAUUUAAAUUUUUGUUUGACAACGGGGUUAAGGGUAUAAGGUUAUUUUGUUUUGUCAUAAAUAAGUAGAGAUUUCCAAAAUGUAAGUUCUUAUAAAUUUUUUUAAUAUGCAAUAA